AUGGACCCAGUCACAAUAUUGGGAGCUGCAAGUUCAGCAAUCGGUAUCGCUAGCUUCGGUCUUCAAUUGGUACAGGUUCUGACGAAGUAUACGACUGAUGCUGGUGCGGCUGCUCAAAACCUGAACGCAGCUUUGACCAAUAUUCGUGCUGCGAGCAUCUCCAUUGAACACAUUAAUCAUUUCUUGAAGGAAGAAAGUGAACGUUCGAAGUUGAGACAAAGAGCGACACUCAAUACAGCCGGCAUUCGACAAAUUCAAUAUAUCACCGAUGAGUGUUUGAAAGUGUUUUGGAGAGUGGAAGCAUGGGUUUUGGACAAAGACGACUCAAACGAACUGGAACUCAGAAUUGCAAAUCGAUUGAACGAAUACAAAGAAGAUCUGAAAUUCGGUAUUGGGAAGCCCUCACAAUUCCUAAAAGUCGACGAGGCUCUAGCGAAAAGCCCUCAAAGUUAUGUCCAACAACCGGAUGUAUACCGGCGAGAAAAUCCCCGGCUUCGGAGAUUCGUACCUCCAGCCGUCCCCGAUGACCCAUUGAGAUCUUCUAUAUCAGAAGCAAGUCGUAGCUAUAUCAAGGAACAGGAGCUCAAUUGCAGGAACACCGACGGCCAGCAGCGUGACCUUACAGCACCUGAACAUGUUAUACCCUCCGGUGAUGCAACCAUCAACGCUGCCCAGAGUCAUAUGGCACAUUUUGAUGCUAAAGCAACACAGAAACCAGGAGUUUUGGAUGAUUUGGAUGCAUGUGACACGAAUAUAUAUCCAGAUUAUUCAACAAUGGUUGAAAAGCCUGAAGAAGUGGAUAAUUUAUCAAUUGUUGCCCAGCAAAGUCAGAAGAACUUUGCCGAUUUUGAGCACGUGGGUUCGGACGGGAAGCUGCGUGGGAAUCUUGAUGGAAAAGCGCAAUAUCCGAAAACAAGAGAGUGUGGGAAUACUAAGCCUGGACAAACCACUCCACUUAUGCCUCCGAAGGCGCCUUCGAGUGAGAGCCCGGGAAUCAUGCCAGCCUCGUUAUCUCAGGCAUCAUCAACCGAGUGCAAACCCCAUCGGCCCCAGAUUAGCAAGGUUGCGAGGCCAGAUAUACACAUGAAUAAUCUCACUAAGAGACACAAGCCUUCCGAUCUACGCCAUGAAUUGAAUACCGCUGCCCCGUCCUAUAUCAGCUUGCAGGCCAAAAGGCCCAAGUCAGAAGCACCACUAGAUCCAAAACUAGAGGUACCAGGCUCGGACUAUCCAAAAAACAACAUUACCUCUUCAAAUUCUAAUAAUCCAGGAAAUCUUAAUGAUUCUACUCAUCGCACUGAUAAUGUUGCAACAUCACAAAAGCAGAGUAGCGGUUUUGUUAUUAAUGGCCAGAACCAAUCCCGAAAAUUGAACCCACAGCCUGUUCGGUUUGAUUUCUCAUUCGAAGAUCUAGCAGAAGCACAAACGAGAGUCGUAGACGAACCGGAGAAUCCUAUCGUUCCGCAAGUGACCUUAAAUGAUGAACCACCACGAGGAAAUCCCGAGGAAAUAGCACAGAUAGUCACAAAUAAGCUACUUGUUGCGUUGCCAGCCAUUAUACCAAGUCAGUCACAACUUGGAGCCGUCUUGAAUCAGCCCGAGCACAAUAUACAUGAAAAUUGUGCUGUGAAAAAGGAUGACAUCCCUAAGGAGAGGAAGAAGUUGUUUACACCAGUUGUUGAAAGGUUUUCAGAGAACAUAAAUCGUGAGCCCCAAAUUGAGACAACCUGUCGAAGCCCACCGUCAAAUUUACCAUCAUCGGUAGAUAGCUAUUCAAACCACAAAUCUAGUAAGAGUGGUGGUCUUAAGGGGAUUUUCAGAGGCAGUCAUUUUACAGACGAUGACAUCGACAGAAUGGUUCCGGAAGCGCCGAACUCCGGACUCGACUUUAGAUAUACACCAACUCGAGCAACUGCUAGCAGUAGCGGUAAAGGUGUUACCUUUAACUCCCAUGUAUUUGAAGAUAUCAUUCUACGAGCUAUGGAGGCCGGGGAUAAUUUAACAGUAUUGCAGCAGGAACAGGUACAAUUAAUAGUCAACUCGGAAAAUGAAGUCAAUGGUGGUAUUGCGUGGACCCUGGCGCAACUCGAAGUUGUUGAUGGGCAAUACCACAGCCCAGGAAGUGACGGUACUGAGUCUAUCACAGUGUAUCUUGUGGGAAGCUCAAAACUGGAGACUGAUCUCACUGUAAAAUCGGACAAAAGCGGUCGCUCUAUAAGUCCUUCUGCGACAUUAGACGACAUAGGUGCCGAUGAUAUUCGAGUCACUCCGAACACGAAAUUUACAGAUUUUACGACGCCGCUCAAACCUUCUCAGCGGAUUUAUCCCGAGUUCAGUUCCCGGGGCACAAAGAACACAGAACCAGGCUUUAUGAACUCUCCCAAGUCAGUCAUAAAAGCCUCAUAUAUAUCCGAAAUACCCAAUGCUGAAUCUCCUAGCCAUGAAAGAGAAUCUCACAAUCAUUAUGUAUCCUUACAAAUUCCAACAUAUGCCAGUGCUGCUACUAUUAGAGACGCUUAUCUUUCUCUGUACAAAACCUCCCAUCCAAUUUUACACCCCACAGAUUACUCUGCUGGACAGCGCUUUGUGGCAAUUACUGAGGCGUACGAAACCUUGGGGACGGCUAGAACACGUGAAGCCUACGAUAGAAAGCACGGCUUUAAUCAACCACCACUAGAAAGACAACCAAUCGACCCAAAGAAAAAUGCUUAUCCAGCUGUAAAAUUAAAAGAAUCAGCAUCACAACAUGGAAAUCAUAGAGAGAACUAUGCACCUAGCAAGAGCAAAUAUGACGGUAGACGAGCCCCCGACUUUGUGGAUCAUGGCAGAUCACCUCUACGGGCUGGACACAGGGCCUCAGAAGCGAUUGAGUCGGAUCCAUCGCCCCUGAGAACUUCGGUACAUGGGGUUCUCUCCGCACAUUCAUCUGCUGAAAGAGCCCUGGUAAACGAUGGCCGACCAAGCAGCACUUCGGCUAGAAAAGCGUUCCCGGUAGCUAGAACCGUUACCGAAAAUGUAAAUCGGCAAAAAAGAUAUGCAUCAAAUAAUCCAGGAGUUCGAUCGAGCCGAUCAUAUAACCCUCAUGACUUAUUGGGAAGCGAACAUGCCGGUGAAGAUAUUCUGCAACAGCUCUUGUUAAAAUGGACGCCAGCGGGGGAAGAGUCGGAUCCUGCCUCCAAGCAGAGCGAAGAAGUAAACAUUGCUCACGAUCCUGAAAGCGAAAAUGAAAACAAGCAGCCGGUUGAGAAACAGAGUAAAGGAAAAGGUCCUCAACAACAGCCUUGUGAUGAGAUAGUUGGGGGUUCCGCGGAACUCAAAAGAUUGGUGGACGGCGAUCAGAAUGAACGUCAUUGUCAUUCGAGAUAUAAAAGGCCAAAGUUUUGCAAAUACACUUCAGGCUCUAUCCAUAGCUCAAUCAGCACCACAAAUACACCACCGAGCCAUGUUUCAUCGUCAAAAGACACAACUCUUGAAGUAGAGGUGCAUAUACCUGAUCAUUUAAACGCUGCGCAACAGCCAAUUCAAAAAGAGAUGGAGGGUAGAAUCGACACGCCUGACACGGUCAAGGCCAUUGGACGACGUCCAAUGGCAACUGUGGAGGAUGACGUUGGUGAUUCGGCAGAUUUCAAAAACCCUUCAAUGUUUCCGCGACGUGCGAUGACUACUAUGUUUUAG